AUGGCUUCAGCUUCGUCUCCGUCGUUCUCCCUCGCCGGCCGAGUCGCGAUAGUCACCGGUUCAUCUCGUGGGAUUGGCCGAGCCGUAGCCAUUCACCUAGCCGAGCUCGGUGCGAAGAUAGUCGUCAACUACACCACCAGAUCCACUGACGCCGAUCAAGUCGCCGCGGAAAUCAACUCAUCCGCCGCCGCUGAUGGUGGUCCGGAACCUAUUGCCGUCGUGUUCCGCGCCGAUAUCUCAGAGCCGAGCCAAGUUGAAUCUCUCUUCGAAGCGGCGGAGAAAGCAUUUAACUCGCCGGUUCACAUCCUGGUUAACUCGGCUGGAAUCGUCGAUCCCAAGUACCCUACCAUCGCCAACACUCCCGUUGAGGAUUUCGAUCGCAUCUUCAGGGUGAACACAAGAGGAGCAUUCUUGUGCUGUAAAGAAGCUGCAAAAAGGCUAAAACGCGGAGGCGGUGGUCGUAUCAUACUCCUAACGUCUUCAUUAACCGAGGCGCUAAUCCCGGGGCAAGGAGCUUACACAGCAUCAAAGGCAGCCGUUGAAGCAAUGGUGAAAAUUCUUGCCAAGGAACUCAAAGGUUCAGGAAUCACAGCAAACUGUGUGUCUCCAGGUCCUGUCGCGACUGAGAUGUUCUUUGACGGGAAGAGCGAGGAAUUGGUGAGGAACAUCAUCGAAAAGAGCCCCUUUGGUAGGCUUGGUGAGACCAGAGACAUUGCUUCUGUUGUUGGUUUCUUAGCUACAGAUGCUGGUGAGUGGAUCAAUGGGCAAGUUAUUGUCGCUAAUGGUGCAUUCCUCAAAUGA